AUGCAUAUCAUCCUAACCGGCGCGACGGGUCUUGUUGGCUCUGCAGCCCUCGUCGCACUCCGAGCCAGACCAGAUAUCUCCAAAAUUUCCAUUAUCAGCCGUCGUCCAGUACCCAUGCUCGAGGGCAACAAGGAUGAUCGCAUUCAAGUGAUUCUCCAUGAUUUCAAAAAUUACGACAGUGCAUUGAAGGAGCAACUACGAGGUGCUCAGGGCUGCGUGUGGGCACUGGGAAUCAGUCAGACUGCCGUUUCAAAGGAGGAGUAUAUUCACAUCACCAAGACCAUGACCCUCGAAGCAGCACAGGCCUUCGAGCAGCUCAAAUCAGAGGAGUCGGACAACUUCAAGUUUGUCUUCGUGUCCGGCGAGGGCGCUACCAACGAGCCUGGUCGAUUCACACCUUUAUUUGGACGCGUCAAGGGCGAAACGGAGACCGCCCUGAUGGAGAUGGAGUCCAAGAAUCCCAAUUUCCGAGCCAUGAUCGUGCGCCCUGCAUUUGUCGACCCGAAGGACCACCAGGCCAUUCAUCCAUGGAUCCCACAGGUAUCAAUCACCAGGCGCCUGGGAGAGAGUGCCUUUGGCCCCGUCCUCCGAGGUCUUUUCAAGGGCAUGCAUAGCCCGACUCAGCCUCUGGGAGAAUUCUUGGCGGGGUUGCCAGUCGGCGCGUUCGAUGGAAAGUUGAAGGGCGAGGGUGUGGAGAUGCAUGGAAGUAGCGUGCUGGUGAACAACGUGGGCUUCCAGCGGAUAAUGGGAUUGAACUAG